AUGAAUAGUAGGUGCCAGGUAUAUAUGAUCGAUUUUCAGACACAACCAGAUGGAAAUUUUAAAUUUAUUAUGGUUUACCAAGACCAUCUAACAAAAUUUGUUCUGCUUCGCGCUCUACAAUGUAAGAGGGCGGCAGAGGUGGCUUACCAUUUGAAUGAUAUAUUUUUAACUAUAGGAGCGCCGUGCAUUCUUCAAUCUGAUAACGGUAGGGAAUUUGUAAAUAAUGUUAUAAGUGAGCUUGCCAGACACAGUCAAAGCCAGGGCUCAGUUGAACGUGCCAAUCAAGAUAUUGAGAAUAUGAUAAUAUAUGAUAUGUCUUGGAUGAAUGACAACGUUUCAACGAAAUGGUCAGAAGAAUCACCAUACAAGGCAUUAUUUGGAAUAGAACCCAGAGUAGGACUUUCGACUUCCUCUUUGCUGCAAGAAAUCAUAAAUGAUAUUCAAGAUGAAGAUGAUUUAAGGAAGGUAAGAAAAGAUGAUCGUAAUGUUAACCUAACAGAAGAUAGAAAUGAUAACGUUGUCGAAGUUAGUAAUCGAGAAAAAGUUUCUUCAUCUGAAAAUGACAUUCAUAAAGCUAGAACAACUGCAGCAAAAAAUCUUGUGAAACACGCUAAGAAAAUGAAAGCUACUUCUGACAAGUCUCAUCCACCUGCUAACAUUGGAGAUAAUGUGACUAUACCGAUUCCAGAUGUUGACAAAGGCAAAGGUGAUCUCAGAAACAUUAUUGGAGUUAUUCUUCAGAAAAAUGACGAAUCUAUAUUGCAGGUAGCAGAUGUAAACCAAGGCUCUGAAAUAUCGUUAAGGACUGCAGCUACGAAACAUUCAGUUGGAUCAAGCCAAGGUUUUGUGAGAUGCAGCUGCUACAAAAACUGUUCCACAUACAGAUGCCAGUGCAAGAAGGCACUCAUACUCUGCAAUUCUAAGUGCCACCAAAGAUCAACUAGUUUGGCCUGGCCUAAACUAGUCUAUCCUAUCGGGCUUAGGACAAAUUAG